AAUCAUAAUCACAAUCAACAUAAUCAUAAUCAAGUAAAUUGUUUCAAAUGAUGGAUUCUACAACAACGAUUGAGCUUAAUCAUCAUGCUCAUCAUUUAAAUCAUCAUCUUAAUCACACUUUUGGUGUAGCAGUUGAAGGAGCAUUCAAGAAAUUAAAAGUUGAACCAGGAUUAAUUGUAUCUUCAUCUUCAUCAUUAUCAUCACCCUUAACAUCAUCUUCAUCAUUAACUACAACAAUUACACCGACAACAACCUCAACAACCUCCACUCCAUCAUCAGCAUCCUCAUCAUCAUCCACUGGAAGUGGCAAUGGAAAUGGUGGUCAUCAUCAUGGUCAUCACUUGAAUUUGAAUCAUUCCAUUAACCAUUCCCUUAAUCAUUCACUUAAUCACAACCAUAAUCAUCACAAUUCACAAUAUUUCUCAUCGUUUGUUGUUGAUGACCAAGGGUCAGUAUCGCCCCAACCUGUUGGCGUUGAUUCUGUUUCCGGUUCACUCCAAGGUUCGGGUGUUGGUUCCCACCAAUCGUCACUUUUUUCCUUCUCCGCUUCAGCAUCAAAUGAAAUCGCAGGUAAUGCAAUUUUCAAUGGUUUCUUAGAUCGACUAUGUUUAAUUACGGUUGUGAUCUUAAUUGUUGGUAAUUUAAUGCUGGGUAGCUUCACAUUUAUCGAAGGUAAUUUAACUCCUACCUUUACAUUAAGACCCGAGUCAACAUUAAAAGGUAACACUGUAACAAUUAAAGCCAAAAUUAUGAUGCAAGGAGAUACAACUGAUAUCUUUAAAGGGGCUGCCACUGGAUUUUUAGCUAAUCCUACACCCCAAACAACUGCUGCUGCACCGUCGGCAUUCACUAUACCGCUUGGUAAUAUGACGACUCCAAGUACAACAAGUUUCACUUUUCCACAAGCAACUCCAUCUUCAGCUGCACCACCAACAACAACAGCCACUUUCUCUCUACCAAUUGCCUCAUCAUCUUUACCUACUGCUUCAUCUACAUUCACUAUUCCUCUUCAAACAUCAACCACUGCACCAACUACAACCGUUUCCUCCUUAAUACCACAAUUAAAACCUACAACGGGUACACAAAAAAUGACCUUCGCCAAAUUGGAGGACACGAUAAACAAAUGGUUAGAUGAGUUAACUGGGUUGGAGAAUGAUUUUCACGAGCAAGCGGAAAAUAUUAACGUUUGGGAUUCAAUUUUGAUCAAUAAUGCCAACAAAUUAUCUCAAAUUAAUGAGAAACUUGAUCAACUUAAAUCAGAGAAUACCAAGAUUAACAAUCAAAUAGAUUUUAUUCAAUCUCAACAAACUGAAUUAGAAGAGUUAAUUAAACCUUUGGAAGCUGAAAAGUUUAAACUCAUGGAAGGUGAAGGAAUCUCUGAGAAGGAUAGAUUUUACAAUACAAUCGAAUCAGUUAACAAUGAUUUACAAGGAAUUGCAUUGGAUAUUCAAGCCGUUAUUGAACAAUUUAAUGCCACCAACACAAUUAAAGAUGUUAAUGAUCCUCUUGCCUCCAUUGGUAAAAUUUUGAACCUUCACAUGACUUUACUGAAGCACAUAGAUGAACAACUUGGUACCAUUCAAUUUCCUGAUUACUCUCGGAAAACUUUAAACAAUUAAAACAACCCAAAAGUCAACAGGGAUAAGAAAAACAAUUAGGGAAACAAAAUUAAACGCAAAGCCUUUUUCAUCCAGCAUUUCAUUUGAUCAACAGUUAUGUAAUUACUGGUUUAUCAAGAAAAGAAAUAUAAUCCUAAUCAAGAUUGCUAAUUGCUUGGAUUUAAAGUUGAUUAAUAUUGUUUGUUCCUCAUCAAAUUUCACCAAUCAAUUGCUUUGAGAGGAUUAAAAUGUUUUCCAUUUUAAA